UACUGACCUACAGAGCGACUGCUGUGACCAUCAUCCACACAUCAGACCACCGUCCAGACAGACGGAGACAUCUGAGACUCCGGCAGAAGCAGACAGAGGUUAUAAAAACAGCCUUCACCCAGUGGAGUUGACGCAGUCAGGACUGCCGUGUACAGCAGCCAACCCAGAGAUGAGUGUGUCAACGUGUCAGAUGAAGGAACGUUACAACCAGCAGGGAUUCCUCUCUGCUGUACCGGUCCUAGACGACACAGAGCUGAGGGAGGCCAGACAGGCCUUCAACCACCUGGAGAGAGAGUUCGGUGAGGAGUAUACCCAGUACAGUCUCCACAAUGUGCACCUGCAGUACCCCUGGGUGAUGGGCCUGGCCAAACACCCCCACAUCCUACAGGUGGUACAGUCCAUCCUGGGCUCUGAUGUCAUCCUGCUAGACUCACGCUUCAUCUGCAAGUACCCAACAACCCCCACACCCCACCCCACAGCCACACAGGCAGGAAAUGAUGCCAUCACUCUGACCAGUGAGGAGGAAGUGAGGUCAUCAGAGAAGAACCAGCAGAGUGAGACUGGACUGCCCUUCGUGGCCUGGCACCAGGAUAUGAGGUACUGGGGAAUAGCUGGGGGUCCAGUCCUGUCGGUGUGGCUGGCUCUAGACGACUCACUGGCAGAAAACGGAGCCCUGAAGGUCAUCCCAGGAAGCCACUGCUCUGGCAUGCUGCCCCACCAACUCGCCUCCCGCCCCGGAAACAUGCUGUCAGUCAACCAGGAGAUCCCUGAGGAGCUGGUGCAAACGGAUAGCGUUCUACUCUGCCCCCUAUUGGCUGGGCAGAUGUCUAUCCAUGAUGGGUUCCUGGUCCACGCCAGUGACCCCAACACAUCCCAGAAGAGACGCUGUGGCUUCGUGAUCCGAUACGUCCCUACCUGUGCCUACCCUAUACAGGACCCAGACCGUCCCAGGCAUUUCCAUGCUACAGUGAUGGCCAGUGGAUCAGACCAGUUCAGUCACUUCUCCACCUUGCUGUGAUGAGCCUUACAGCACAACUACAACCAUAUCCAUAGAGAUCCCAUUACCAUAUUACUGUCUGAUACUUAGAGGAACCUAAUGAUACUGUAUUCACCUUGAGGACUUACUGCUGUAUUCACCUUGAUGACUUACUGCUGUGUUCACCUUGAUGACUUACUGCUGUGUUCACCUUGAUGACUUACUGCUGUGUUCACCUUGAUGACUUACUGCUGUGUUCACCUUGAUGACUUACUGCUGUGUUCACCUUGAUGACUUACUGCUGUGUUCACCUUGAUGACUUACUGCUGUGUUCACCUUGAUGACUUACUGCUGUGUUCACCUUGAUGACUUACUGCUGUGUUCACCUUGAUGACUUACUGCUGUGUUCACCUUGAUGACUUACUGCUGUGUUCACCUUGAUGACUUACUGCUGUGUUCACCUUGAUGACUUACUGCUGUGUUCACCUUGAUGACUUACUGCUGUGUUCACCUUGAUGACUUACUGCUGUGUUCACCUUGAUGACUUACUGCUGUGUUCACCUUGAUGAUAUCGGAUGAACGGUUUAAAAAUCACUUUUUGUACAUCGCCCCCCAUAUUAGGAGACCAAAAGUACUGGGACAAAUUCACUUCUAUGUAUUAAAGUAGUCUAAAGUUUAGUAUUUGGUCCCAUGUUCAUAGCAUUAACUAUAUCAAUCUUGUGACUCUACAAACUUGUUGGAUGCAUUUGUUGUUUGUUUUGGUUGAGUUUCAGAUUAUUUUGUGCCCAAUAGAAAUGUUAAAUAAUGGAGAUUAGAAUCGACUAUGUUUCCAAACACUUCUACAUUAACGUGGAUGUUAUCAUGAUUACGGAUAAUCCUGAAUGAACCUUGAUUAAUGAUGAGUGAGAACCUUACAGACAAAAACAUCAUACUCUCCAAAAAUGCUAACCUCCCCUGUUAUUGUAAUGGUGAGAGGUUAGCAUGUCUUGGGGGUAUGAAAUAAAAUACUAACCUCCCCUGUUAUUGUAAUGGUGAGAGGUUAGCAUGU